AUGCCCGAUUUGAGUGCCGGGUCGGGUGGUGCCACGAGAGGGUCCACAUCGACAUCCACACAACAACAACAACAACAACAACGAAACGACGAUCUGCAGUCGGCUGCCACGAGUAAUGGUCUCGCUACAUUGCUGGAAGAAGAAACGGUGGAUCAUCACAGCAGCAGCAAAUAUAGCAGUACAGCCGCUGGCUAUAAGAAUUCCCAUUCCGACAAUAAAAUUAAAAAGGCCAGUCUAAAAAAGGAUGACGCCGCCUACAGCAAAAGCAUCGACGACCUCUCCUCCUUCUCCAAAGCCAGCAUGAUCAGUGACCGCAGCAAGCCCAGUGCCAAACAACAACUACAAGAUUUCAACAACAACAGCAAUGACAAAUCGCCCGCCAGUCUCGAAAUGCCUCCCUCCAAGAGACAACCCAGUCUGGGGUAUCAACCAAAUCCCAGUUUUCGUAGCAGUGGCAACAGCAUUAGCCUGCCCGGAGCCCAUGCUACGGCGGGAAUACAAUCUAGUGACAUGGUGUUGCCCGCGCAACCCAUCAUGCUAGAGCAGCAAUCCUCGGUCCACACCAACGGAGUCAGCAACGAGACCACGACUUCGGAACACAACAACAAUCACGACAACAACAACCAUAUCACUGUUCUUUCGAGUAAUACUCGCCAGAACCACAAUCAUUCACAAGCACAUCCGGAUCCCGAAAUGGCACUCCGUACGAAUAAUAAUACCUACGAACCCGAAGCACGGCCGGUAAUGGAACAGAAUCUGCCACAAGCCACACCCUUUUCCACAACGGGCAACAACGAGGCGGCCGAAGAGACCAAAAAGGAUGUCUGCCUCCGAUUAUCCAUGAUGGCCAAUUUGGUCAUGUUUAUCAUGAUUGGAAUCAUUGUGGGGGUGAUUCUCAGUCGAAGGAGCAAAAGUAGUAGUGAUAGCAGCAGCAAUCCGGAUGAUGGCAAUUAG